AUGGAGAGCAACGGCACAGCUUUGGCUUCUGCGAUUAAGCAGCAGGAGGGUGAAGGAGAUACCCACUCAUUGGCAAGCGUGAAGAUGAAAUGGUAUACUCGAUUGGGAAUUCGGGGCCCUCAUGGGCGCCGGCCUGCUUGCCGUUACCCGUACCUCAAGGAGACGCGAAUCGACCCAGGAAAUCCAAAAGAUGAUGCGGAUACCAACGGUGGUGGAUCCGUUGAGAUUCCUUUGUACGAGUACAUAAACUUUCUCCGGCAAUCCACUGUCCGAGAAGAAGAAUGGGUGAAUUACCUCAGCGCUGCACGCUUCAGCCCACGGAAGAUGGAGGUUCAAACAUCCAGCCAUCGACUAGACAAUGACGCGGCACCUAGGGACUGGCUCUCUCAGCCCCUUAGGGGACAUGCGCCGCUGGUUGUACAGCUGUCUCGGUGGGCAGUCAAGCCUUUGAUGUCGACGUCACAGGGGCGACAUGUUGUGGCCUUGCUUCGAGCUCUCCUCGUCGCACUGCCCAUCUUGAUCCUGAUGCUCUGGCCAGGUAAUAUGAUCUGGCACACCUCAAACCCUCUGGAUGGCUAUGAGGGAUUUGUUGGCCACCACUGGAACUGGCCCAAAUUCACUAUCAACGAACUCGACAUGAAGCCUGGUCCUCCAGGCGUGUGCUCGCGACAAGAGAGACGGCGGGAGUUGGAUGUUCGAAAUCGACUCGAGUACCCCAAAAAGCUCCUCAUUAGAAGUCCAGAUGGUGUGUGGAAAGUGACAGAGACUAAUCACCUACUUGAGCGUCCUAAGUAUCUCUUCAUCAGCCACAUUGGUUCGCGGGACAAGGGAGAAGAACCACACUAUCGCAAAGCUGCUCAAGCGCUUGCAGAGACUGAAGGCUUCGACGCAAUCUUUCUUGACGAGUCAUGCUUCAUUCGAGGAAUCAGACGUCGCGUCCAAGCAGGGCAAAUAUCAGAGAUAGAAGGACAAAGAAUCACCGACUACGAUAUCUACACUCUUUGUGACGUUGUGCGAGGCUCGAGCAAAGUAGCUUUCAUCUAUCCGAACCCUCCUACUCCGAUGGAUUUCCGGGAAGAAUGGGGCAAACGCAUGUGGACUUUUCUUGAAGGCCUUCUCGCCCCUGGAAACUCAAUCUUAUUUUGCCCCUGGGACUAUGAGAACACUAGUCCUUCAUCAGAACAUUCACGUCAGACUUUUCGGAAAGUUGAACUGGCAUCAAGAUGCUGGGGAAUAGCCCAAGGUCAGACGGACAAGGAGGGCGGUAAUUCCACCAGAAUCCUGGCUGAGCACUUUGCUGGGCUGCUCACUCUGACACCCCUUGAGCUUCUCCCGUUGUCAAUGCAUGCUCUCAGUUCGCGGAACGCCGGGAACCAAAAUUCCCUAUCCGACAUGGCCUACGCUGCAAUGGGACUUCUCCGCUACCGAAUCGAGCGAGACCGCGAUGCGAGCUUCGAGCCCACCCUCUUCCAAACGCUGGCCCAUCUGUCACUCAAAAAUGACAGCGACAAGAUUAUCGACCGCAUCAUCAGCCUUCUUCCUCGUCAAAGACUCUCCAGUGAUAUCCCAAGACACUCAUCGGACGACAUGAUCUGGACAAGCCUUUGCGAAAAGGAUAGCUUCGGUACCCUUGUUCACCACAUCACACCCCUAUGCGAGGUCGUGGGUGUAGCUGAAGAGGAUCAAACUGUCUUUCUUGAUGGCUGCCAUGCAAUCAACAUCCGGUGGAAAGACUUCCCGCGUAUCAAGGUACAUGGCGGUCAAGGCGGAGCCAAGAAAAUUGUUAUACGCGUCAUGGUUCUCGGCAGUGCCGCACUCAUGGGUCUGAUGAUUCCUUUCGCUGUAUUUGCGGGAGCAGGCCAUGCUGCUUCAGAGAAUCUCAACUCCUACUCCAGAUGGUUUAGACGAGUACCAGACUCCGGAAAUGAAUCUUCCUUUAGACCUUGGAUGGGGCUUGGGCAAGCCAUCGACAGAUUUGGACGCCGGGACCUCGGGGACAGCAACAACAUCUCAACCGCAAUGCUAGCUUUGGCUAUCAUUUGCUCGGUUUCUGCCUACCUCAUCGCUGUCGGGAUACCUUUCAUCGUCCAUCGCUUCCUAUCAGGGACCUUCCUGGGUUGCAGCCCCUGUCUCGUUGGGUUCGAAGGCGUCAUGCCAAUCAGGGAGGUCGAAGAGCGUAUUUUUGGCAUUCACAUUGGGAGACUGAGAUACGCCUCAUCCGCCUCGCAUCUCUUCACGGAUGAACGAGAUUUGGACCCUGAGAAGAGAUGGUAUCAGGAAGGUAAACCCUCUUGGAUCGAGGGCAAGGGUGACUCUGAAGAGAUCGUCAAACUUCUCAAGAAAGGGCAGCGGGUGUUUACGCUUGUCGACUUAGGGACUCUUUCAGUCAUCGUCUUCGCGGCCGAGAGACCCCCUUCGGUAGCCCUUCUUACUGGCAGAGAGGGGGGGAUGCUUAGAGCUGUCCUGUGUAGCUGGAGCUUCCGGAACGAUUGCCUCUACAAGGAAGCCGUCGUCAGAAUGCCUUCGAGUGUCUUGGCUGACGCAAGACCUACGAGCUGGGUGAAGCUCUGUAUUCGUUCUCUGGACGAAGCGCGUCAAACCCACUUCUAA